AUGUUGUAUGAGACUAUUGGUAUUGUCCGCCCGGGCAACAUUGCCGAGGUGAAGGAACUCGUCCUAACAGCCGGCAAGCUCAUCCUCAACCAAGGCGGCGUAAUUCGCGACAUCAAGAACUGGGGCACCUUCCUCCUGCCUCGUCCCAUCUCCACCAACCAGCAGCGCCACACGCGCGGCCACUAUUUCGUCAUGCGUUACGACUCCAGCAUCGCGACGCACGAGGAGGUUCGCAGGACCAUGAGGGCGGAUCCGCGCGUUAUUCGCACGGCGAACGUCAAGUUGGGCGAUGGAAAGCUGGAGACGUUGAGCCGGUUUGGGGCGAUUCCUUGGAGGAGUUUGGAGGAGUCUUAA